GUCAAUUCUAUCCUACUACUUAUUCUUUUGCAGGAUAACAUUGUCGAGAAACAGAAUACUGUACAGCUUUCUAGUCUCGCUGAACUUAAGAAAAAGAUCGACGCAAGAGCUAACAAACAAGAUGAGCAGAGACCAGGAACAUCUACUCUAAGACUAGCACCAAAGAGGAAGGCAGGGUCUGCUCAAAAUGAUCAUAAUGAUCAGGAUGACCCGCCACCAAAACAAACAAAGUGAAGUUUCUUCUAGUUCCUUGUCCAGUGCGCAUGUUUAUAGGUGAACAGCUUGCUUAAGCUACCACUUGCAUUGAGCAAAUGAUGAUUAACUUUAAGAUUUGCAGGCCACAAACAGGCUUACUCUCAGCAGCCGGACCACAAGACAACAGAAACCCAACCGACAAAAAUAAUCAGGAACCCACAGAGGACGAAAUGUGUGCAAUCUGCCUCGGACCGAAGAAAGACAAAAUGACAUUAGACUCAUUUUGUAAAAUUUGUAUCAAAAAGUGGAUUGACUUCGCAGGGAAUUGCCCCAUCUGCAAACGUGAUGUGGACGUUUGCGAAGUUCCUUUCUGACUUGUUUCAAAGUGCAAUUAUCAGUUUCAAUUAUUGUAUUUUUUAAAAUUAUUUUAGACCUUUUAAAAUGGGUUAAUUACCUUGAACUAUUGUUUAGAUGUUGAAGUAUUCGAAUCAAGUAAUGUACAUCUUGAUAUAUUUUUUAAUUGUGCAUUUGCUAAUAUUCAUUUUUGCUAAAAUUUGAUACGUUGAAUUGUAAUUAAAAGUUUAUGGAAACUUUGGAGCGAGUGGAUCUUACUUCAAACCCGCUCCCCCCAUUUCUGCAGUCAGUAAUGGAGAGUUAAUAAAUCAGAACUCGACUCAUGGAUGAACAGAAAGUUAAGCAGAUGGUGACAAAGGAAACAGUAAAAUAGACAUGGGUAUUGUAAUGUAUCCAAACCCCGCUGUCAAUUUACACAUGGACGUUGUGACAGUGAUUCUAUAAUGAGACCUUAAUGCAGAUCUGUAAAUCCCGUACACAAACCUUUUAAUAACAGAACUUAAAUGUCUGUUAUGACAUGCUAUUUAAAACAUGAAGAUGAGUCAAAUUGACCAUUCUGUUGUC